AUGCUGCACCUGAAAGUCCAGUUUCUGGAUGACUCCCAGAAGAUCUUCGUAGUUGAUCAAAAAUCCUGUGGGAAAGGGCUGUUCAACCUCACCUGCAGCCACCUCAACCUGGUGGAGAAGGAGUAUUUUGGGCUGGAGUUCCGCAGCCAGGCCGGGAACCACGUCUGGUUGGAACCGCUAAAGCCCAUAACAAAGCAAGUCAAAAAUCCUAAGGAGGUUCUUUUCAAAUUUAUGGUGAAAUUUUUCCCAGUGGACCCCGGCCAUCUGAGAGAAGAGCUGACAAGGUACCUCUUCACCCUCCAGAUCAAGAAGGACCUGGCACUGGGGCAGCUGCCCUGCAGUGACAAGAGCGCGGCGCUGCUGGUCUCCCACCUGCUGCAGUCUGAGCUGGGUGACUUCCAUGAGGAGACGGACCAACAGCACCUGGAGACCCACAGGUACCUGCCCAACCAGGAGUACCUGGACAACAAGAUCAUGCACUACCACCGGAGGCACCGUGGGAAGACGCCAGCCGAGUCAGAUGUUCAGCUGCUGGACGUGGCCAGGAAGCUGGAGAUGUAUGGGAUUCGCCCACACCCUGCCAGCGACGGCGAGGGGACACAGAUCAACCUGGCUGUGACACACAUGGGGGUGCUGGUCCUGCGGGGCAACACAAAGAUCAACACUUUCAACUGGUCCAAGAUUCGCAAGCUGAGCUUCAAGAGGAAGCAUUUUCUCAUCAAGCUCCAUGCAAACGUCUCUGCGCUGUGCAAGGACACGCUGGAGUUCACUAUGGCCAGCAGGGACACCUGCAAAGCUUUCUGGAAGACUUGUGUGGAGUAUCAUGCCUUCUUCAGGCUGUCUGAAGAGCCCAAGUCAAAGCCCAAAGCCCUUCUAUGCAGCAAGGGCUCCAGUUUCCGCUACAGCGGGAGGACACAGAGGCAGCUCCUGGAGCAUGGGAGGAAGGCAAAGAUGAAGAGCCUGCCCUUUGAGAGGAAGCACUACGCGUCCCGCUACGACGAGAGGCAGUGCCGCUCCUCCCCGGACCUCCUGACAGACGUCUCCAAGCAGGUGGAGGAGCUGCGCCUGGCCUAUGGCGGCCGUGGCUCUUACCACGCCAACGGGGUACACGCCUCUGAGCCCACCCUGGACAGCCGGCGCCGGAGCUCGGCCGCGGACGUGACGCUCGCUGCCGAGCUGGAGCGCUCCAGGCCCGGGGCGUCCCCCACCUUCCUGCCCCACUCCAAAAGCUCAUCCGCCUUCCCCCUGCUCUAUGCCGAGCUGGAGCUGGAGCGAGCGUGGGAGCCCCCUGACCUCUUCAGCGCCAGGAACCCCCUGACAUCCUUUCGGCCACACCACCAGCUCACCGGGAACAGCAAGAGCACCUCGGUGGGCAACAUGCAGGAGGUGAGCGCCCGGCCCCUGGCGUACACCGACGUGCCGUGCCCCCCGGCCGUGGCCGCCCUGGCCCCGCAGGGCCUCUUCUACCUGGACAGGCCCCCGCAGCCCCCAUGCUACGCCCCAGCGCCCGGCGAGGACCCGGCCGGUGGCUUCAGCCCCGUGGCUGCGAAACCCCCCGGCCGGAGCCCGAGCGGGAGCUGGGUGGGGGAGCUGCCCGGCGAGGCGGCGGGCGCGGGCCUGGCCCCAGCAGGGCAGAGCAGGGCCCUGCCUCGCUCCUGGGGUUACAGCCUGCAGGAGCAGCCUCCCAAGCGCUCCUGGAGCCAGUCGGACAUGAAAGCCCUUCGCUUCCCCUACGGCUCCGAGUUCAGACCCCUGGGGCCGUGCCCGGCGCUCAGCAGCAGGAGGGCAGGGGUCUUCUGGCACCUGCCGGCCCAGGCCGGGCCGCGCCGACCGGCCGAGCGCUCUGUGGGCAGCAGCACCGAGUCCAGCGACUCCGACUCCGACCUCCUGGCCGCCGAGUACUGCUCCCUGUUGGGGCGGGCACGGCGGGGGCCCGUGGCCCGGGCACGGCUCUCCUCGGGCAGCCUCCAGCUGGAUGAAGAGGACGAGGAGGUGAACUUCGCCAGCUGCGCCACGGAAGAGAGGACUUCCCGCGGGGACACCAGGUAUUUCACCUAGGUGCCUGACACUGGCUGGAGGGAGCAGAGGUGGCCAUCACAGACUGGGGCUGCA